CAUAUGUCAAAUAUAGGUACCUAGGUAGAUAGGUACCUAAUUCGUGAAGUGAAAUAAUUCUUUCUGUGAAUAUUAUAUUGUAAAAUAACCUGUUAUAGUUACUAAACUUUUCUAAAAUUGAAAUAUCCCCGAAAUCUAUUUUACUGAAUCGUCAACGUAUCAUUAUGAAUCACAACCAGAUGAAUAUGCAUGUGCCUAUGAAUCCUGUAGGUGGUGCACCCAAUGUCGGCAUGCAAAUGCAAGUACCAGGCGCUAUCAUGCAGCAGCAGUCUCCGCAGCAAAUGCCUCCAGCUAUCCCACAACAGACUCCUCAAGAUAAGUUGGAUAAUAUAUCAAAAGUCAAGACACUAAUGGGUUCCUUGCGGGAGUCGAUACCUAUGACUUUAAAGUCGGCUGCUCAAAUUCUCCAUCAAAACCAUAAUAUUGAUUCCAAUUCUCAAAAGAGUAUAGACAAUCCUGUCCCUAGAUUUGAUAAAAACUUAGAAGAAUUCUUCUCACUCUGUGAUCAAAUGGAACUGCAUUUGCGUACAGCCAUCACUUGCAUCCAGCAAGCGCAGUCGGCAGCGCACUACCUGCCUCUCAACGUCAUCCCGUCGCGGCUGGACACUGGGCCCGCCACGCAGGAGACUCCGCUCAGCUACCCUCAGUACCUGAACACCGUAGGCCUCCAGAUAGCGUAUGCCAAGGACAUCCACGACACUUUAGUAGCCGCGGCGCAGAACAUAUCGCCCACUGAAUGACCAAGCUACGAUAGAAUGAGGUAUUAAAGUGCUAAUUAAAAAUAAUAACGUAAUUUUAAUAACUUAUUUAUGGAUCGUCACCAUUCAUUGAGUUUUUUUAAAAAUGGCCAACUUAUUGGAUCUUCUUUAUUCUAAUUUAUAAGAAAAAUUACUUAAUUUGUGAUAUUUAGUUGAUAGAUAGAUCCACUUGUGAUUAUUUACCAAUAUUGUCAGUAGUGUAAGUAAAUAAAACGGCCAAUUUAAAUAAUGUAUUGCAUCCUAUAAUUAAUAGAUUCAAUUAAUCUCAACGUGAUAUUACGUAAAAUAGUAAUUGAUUAAGCUAGCUGUAAAAGUGCAAAGUAAGCCUUACUGGUUAUUGAAUAAAGUCGAAUUUAUGAUGAUUGUGUUUGUCCUAAAGUGCAUUUAUCUGGUUUCUCCUGGUUAAAUAAUGUGUGAACUUGUUAACCCACGAUAAAUUCUAGUGAAAAUGAUAAACGUAAUUGAUUUGGACAGUUGCCAGAAUGAAAUCGCUCAUUCUUCUCGUCACAUAGUCAAUGUACAUGUUUAUCUGCCAUAAACUGAUUAAUUGAUUAA